AUGUCGAUAUCCGGAACGUGUAUUGAGGCCGGAGCUAGAGUUUCAGAUGGUAUUGUCGACUGCUCCGUCAAUUUUAGAGGAAAACCAUCCGUCAGAUCAUCUUCUGGUGGAUGGAGAUCUUGUGGCUUCAUCAUGGGUGCUGAAAUGACGGAGAAGUUCGCCUACUACGGGAUAGCCUCGAAUUUGAUAACCUACUUCACGGGGCAGUUAGGGGAGCCAACGGCGGCUGCAGCAUCAAAUGUUAACCUCUGGGUUGGAACCGCAGCUGUUUUGCCUCUCUUCUGGGGUUUUAUUGCUGACUCGUUUCUCGGCCGUUUCUCUACCAUCCUCGUAACCUGCUCCUUCUAUAUAUUGGGACUUAUACUGCUUACGUUUUCAGCGACCAUUCCUUCUAUGUGUAAAGAUCAAGAAGCACUCGUCUCGUGCGUUUCUCAGGUCAAAGUGACAAUGUUUUUUUGUGCUCUCUAUCUAAUAGCGCUAGGCGAAGGAGGCUUCAAGGCAUGUCUUAGAGCUUUUGGAGCAGAUCAGUUUGAUGAACAAGACCCUGAUGAGUCCAGAGCCAAAAGCUCUUACUUUAACUGGUUGUAUUUUGCAAUAUCAUUUGGCAUAUUAAUUACUCGGUUUGUCUCUAAUUAUAUCCAAGAGAAUCUGAGUUGGGUUUUAGGAUUUGGAAUUCCAUGUAUUUCCAUGGUGCUCGCUCUCUUCUUAUUUUUACUUGGAACCAACACUUACCGCUUCAGCAGCACCCGGGGAGAAGGAAGAAAGCAUGGUAACCCCUUUGUAAGAAUUGGUCGUGUUUUCGUAGCUGCAGUUAAAAACCGAGGAGAGACUUCUUCAGACAGUUUGCAUCUUCUGCCUAACGAAACUUCGAACAAGUUUGGAUUCCUGGACAAGGCAGUCAUUUCGUGUGAUUCAUCCGAAAUUGAGGAAGCAAGAGCUCUUUUAUGUAUUGUUCCAAUUUGGCUGUGUUCUUUGGUAUUUGGCAUGAUCUAUGCGCAAACUUUUACUUUCUUCACAGUGCAAGGAUCCACGAUGAACAGAUCAAUCACAUCAGGGUUCCUAGUCCCUGCAGCGACAAUCCAAUGCUUCAUAAGCCUUGCCAUCAUCGUCUCCAUUCCAAUCUAUGACCGUUUAUUCGUUCCAUUAGCAAGAUCAAUUACUCAUAAACCAGCAGGAAUCACAACGCUACAAAGGAUUUCCACCGGUUCUUUCCUCUUAAUUAUUUCAAUGGUAAUAGCUGCUUUGGUCGAGAUGAAAAGACUCAAGACCGCUCAACAUCACGGCCUAGUAGAUUCACCUAAAGCCACGGUCCCGAUGAGCAUUUGCUGGCUGAUUCCGCAGUACGUUCUCCAUGGAGUCUCUGAAGUUUUCGCUAUGGUUGGUUUACAAGAGUUCUUAUACGGCGAGGUCCCAGUCGAGCUUAGGAGCUUAGGACUAUCUCUCUACCUAAGCGUAAUCGGCAUAGGCAACUUCUUGAGUAGCAUACUGGUAUUGGUUAUUGAGAGAACCACAAGCCAGUCCGGUCAAGUGAGCUGGUUGGCUACUAACCUGAACCAGGCACAUCUUGAUUACUUCUAUUGGCUACUUGCUUGUCUUAGCUCCAUUUCCUUCGUUUCAUUUGUCUAUUUCUCCAACUCGUACGUCUACAACAUCCAAACUAAAAUCUCUGACGAUCAUGGGGAAUAA